AUGGCUGGAGGAAGAAACAACACAGCUGUGACUAGAUUCAUCCUCCUGGGGUUUUCAGAUCAACCUCAAAUGAAGGUUUUCCUUUUCAUGCUCUUUCUGGGGAUUUACCUUCUGACCCUGGCCUGGAACCUGAGCCUCAUCACCCUCAUCAGGAUGGACACUCACCUCCACACACCCAUGUACUUCUUCCUCAGUAACCUCUCCUUCUUAGACAUCUGUUAUUCAUCCUCUACGGCCCCAAAGAUGCUUUCUGACAUCAUCACAGAUCAGAACACUAUUUCCUUUGUUGGGUGUGCCACACAAUACUUUGUCUUCUGUGGAAUGGGGCUGACUGAGUGCUUGCUCCUGGCAGCCAUGGCCUAUGACCGGUAUGCUGCAGUCUGCAACCCACUGCUCUACAUGGCUCUCAUGUCCCAUACUCUGUGUUUGAAGUUGGUAGCUGGUGCCUACAUGGGUGGUUUCCUUAGUUCUCUGAUUGAAACAUCCUCUAUCUACCAGCACGAUUUCUGUGGGCCCAACAUAAUCAACCACUUCUUCUGUGACCUUCCUCCAGUCCUGGCUCUGGCUUGCUCUGACAUCUUCACCAGCCAGGUAGUGACCUUCAUUUUGGGUGUUGUUGUGGGAGUGAUGUCUGUCCUGGUAGUCCUCAUCUCUUAUGGAUACAUUGUUGCUGCUGUCCUAAGGAUCAGCUCAGCUAAAGGUAGGACCAAGGCCUUCAGCACCAGUGCAUCUCACCUGACUGCUGUGACCCUCUUCUAUGGCUCUGGUCUCUUCAUGUACAUGAGACCCAGUUCUAGCUAUUCCCUCAGCCAAGACAAGGUGGUGUCUGUAUUCUAUGCUGUGGUUAUUCCCCUGGUGAACCCUAUCAUCUAUAGCCUCAGAAAUAAGGACAUUAAAAAUGCAAUAAGGAAAGCUGUCGAAAGGGACUACAUGCUUUCUCAUGGGCAUUCAUUUUUCUGACACUGGGUGUUAUUUACACGAAGAUCUGAGUGGCUCAAUGUUGCAGCAAUUUAUGUAGUUUUGACUACUUGAUCUUCAACACGAUUUGA